AGAGAGGAAUGAUGAAGAGGGAAAGACACAGAGAAAAGUAAUGCUAAGCACUGUUUAGUCAGAGUGAUGUGGGACUGCUCUAUAAAACAGGUACUAUUUUAUUAGAGAAAAGGAGGUUCUAUACAGAGGUAAAAGCUAAUCAAUUCCAAUUUAGAAUCAGGUAAAAUAUAUUAAAUAGAGCUGGGCAUUUGCCACUAAGGAGAAAACUGCAACAGGAAGAAAUUAGCAAAGUUAUUAUGCAGGUCUUUGUCUCAGAGAUCAGCUUAGCAGGCUGCUGAUUUAUAGAUAAUUGUCUAAGUGCCUAGUAUUUCCCCAGAGUUUUUAUUCUUCUUGUGCUAAGAAAUUCUUUCUAAGAAAAUCAAUAUGGACAUGCACACAGAUAACCGUGACAGCUGGAAAGGCAGCAGUCGUUACUCAUUGCUUCUUCUACCAUUGAUUCUUGGGGUGGCCCUGGUAGCUGGACUGCUAUGUUCUUCAGCUUUAGUCCCUGGGAAGUCACAGCUAAUAAGACAGGUAGACUCUUCGGUGGUUCUGAACCCAAUUCUUAAGGUGCCCUAUCACAGAAGAACCAAGAGAUAUACACUGACUCCUGGUCUACUUAAAUGGGAUCAUUUUAACCUAACUUACAGAAUUGUCUCCUUUCCAAGAAAUUUGAUCAAUGAAAGUGACACAAGAAAGGGAAUCGCUUCUGCUUUCCGAAUGUGGAGUGAUGUGACACCUUUUCACUUUAAGGAAGUUCCUGCAGACCAGGAGAGUGACCUGAAGAUUGGAUUUUAUGGUAUAAACCAUACAGACUGCUUGGAGUCGCGCAUCCAUUAUUGCUUUGACGGAACAACGGGAGAACUGGCUCAUGCCUACUUCCCACAAACAGGAGAGAUACAUUUUGAUGACAGUGAAUACUGGUUUUUGGGUAACACGAGAUUCAGCUGGAAGAAAGGUGUGUGGCUCACAGACUUGGUUCAUGUGGCAGCUCAUGAGAUUGGUCAUUCCCUAGGACUUAUGCAUUCGCUCAACGGUGAAGCCAUUAUGCACAUCAAUGCCACACUGACAGGGAAAAAGAUCAUCUCACAGGAUGAUAUGUGGGGAAUCUAUAGUCUUUACGGUUGCAGAGAUAGAUAUUUAGUGUGUGCAUCAUGGGCUCUGAAAGGUUACUGUGACUCCCGGAGAAGUACUAUGAAGAAGUACUGUCCGUACAGCUGUGAUUUCUGCUAUGAUUUUCCAUUUCCAACCAAAAUGCCCACACCAGCACCACCAAGAACUAAAAUCCGAAUGGUUCCUGAGGGCAGAAAUGUUACCUUCAGAUGUGGCAAAAAAAUUAUACACAAAAAAGGCAAAGUUUACUGGUACAAAGAUAAUGAGCUCCUGGAAUACUCAUACCCUGGAUAUCUCUCGCUUGAUAAUGACCACAUGAGUAUAAUUGCCAAUGCCAUUAAUGAAGGCCUCUACACCUGCAUAGUUAAGAAGAGGGAGAGAGUGCUCACAACAUACUCAUGGAAUAUAAGAGUAAAACUCUGAGAACUGAAUAUAACGUCAACCACAACCAAUACUAAAUUGUGGUAUUGGUGUUUGUUAUACACCUAUGAUUAGUAAAUAUCAUCUGUGUAUGGACAUUGUCAAUCCUGUCCUGCAUUUGGUAACUUAAUAGCAACAACCUGUUUCCAACACUUCCCAUGAUGGUUACUAUUAAACCCAAAGUAUGCUUACUGAAGGUAAUUCUUCAUAUCUUGCAGAUAAAAUGGUCAAGGAGGGACAAUACCCAAACCAAGAGGGUGGCAUUUGUAGAUAAUUAUUUGUAGUUUUACUCAGGAGUACAGGUCUUCUAUAUUGAUACAGGAAGUAUAAUUAACUUCAUGGUGCUAAUGGUCACGAUCUUGACUAGUUCUGCAGGCAACAGCAUGACGCAUGUAUUUUUUAUUUUUUGAACUACCAUUAGAUGCAAUAAGAAUUAGGUGUCUUUUGACACAAUCUCUUUCAGCAUUAAAAUACAUAACACAAAAUUCCAAACUUUCAAUAUUUAGGGGCUGAAUUAUCAAUGUGCGGACGGAUGUGAUCCGCUGUAGUGAUCAUGUCCGCCACACAUCGAUAUAUGCCGACAUACGCUGUUGGUAAUUAUCAUUGCGCAAGGAUUUCACAAGAAAUGCUUGUGCAAUACCGCCCCCUGCAGAUUAGCAGGGGGUGUCAGUCAACCUGAUCGGGCUGAUUGCUGUCCACCGCCUCAGAGGUAACGGACGAGUUAAGGAGCAGCGGUCUUAAGACCGCUGCUUCUCAACUCCUGUUUCCGGCGAGCCUGAAAGCUUGCGUGGAAACAGAGGCAUUAGGGCCCAUACGGGGCUUGAUAAAUCGGUCCCUUAGUCAUCUGUACAUAUAAAUCUGAAAAUGAAAAAUAAACUACGGCUGAUAUAUACCUUUAACCUAGAACCAACUCAUUUCAAAGUAGUUAUUCCGGGAAACCUCUGUACUUUUUACACAAAUAUUUCCAUGAAUGUAGCAGUACAGUACACAUGCGCAUACACGUGUCUAUGCGUAUGCACACAAGUCCUUGAGUGGUUUGAGUUAAGUGAAAAAUACACUCGUUGGGAGAGAUUUGUUGUUACAAUAUAAACAUUAUUACAAUAUUACAUAACUUGGCAAUUCCUUAAACAUGUGGAACAGUAGAAUUUUAUUGUUUUCUGAGAAUGUUUUCAAACUGUCAGAUUUUAAUAAACAAUUAGUUUUACUUUU